ACACGGAUCUUGUUCCGGCAGGUCGUGACAACCAACACCCUGUCAAUCAAGUUUCCAAUGCGGAAUGCUUGAAAUGUCCAAUAUGCGCACCGAGAUGGAUACAGACACACCCUAAAUUGGCGCACUUAAGUUUCGUUUCCCAAAAUUUCUAGGCACUGCAUUAUAUAACCCUGACCCAGUCUUUUCCCCUGCAGUCACUGAUACAGUCACUGAGGAACCAUGGAUCUUCUUACCAUUAUUGCGGUCACAGCAGCAGCAGGGGGAGCGGUGGUCUUGGCUCCAGUUGCCCUAGGAGCUGUAGGGUUUACCGCCGCUGGCAUCGCCGCAAACUCUGUUGCAGCCGGCAUGAUGGCAUCGGCAGCCACGGCAAGUGGCGGUGGUGUGUUGGCUGGAAGCACCGUUGCUGUUCUGCAGUCGGCAGGUGCAGCAGGGUUAGCUGGGUCUACAACCGCAGUGGUGGCUGGUGUUGGAGGAGCAGUGGGAUGGCUCACCGCUACAGCAGCUGCACUCAUCUGAUGAUCCAAAUAUUGAUGAUUGAUAGCCAUCUUGGGACAGCUCUCUUGUCAAAGACAAUUUUAAUCACAAAGAUCACCUCUUUAAAUAUAUAUAUUUUUUWAUCCUUUAUUUAGGGAUACAUAUAAACACUAGAUAAGACGGUGAAGGAAUGCUUUGUGUUUAAGAAAUUGUUAUAUUGAAGUUCAUAUCUGCAAUAUUGUGUGCAAUGAAGGCAAAUUAUGACUGACUUGUUCUGUUUGGACAUCUUGCUCAGCUGCACUUUCAAGCCCAGGGCUUUUUAUACCUUUUUUAUAUUUCAGUUUAAUACCUUCUUUAUCUCAAUCAAAGGUCAGGUGUUGCCAGAUAUAAUGUAAACAUUUGUCUGUCGUCUUUGUCUCUAUAUACAGUAUGUGUUAGCUAGGGAUGGAAAUUAGUGUAGUCUUUGCAACAUGAUGUUUUCCAAUUGAGGUGGUCUCACUGGUCUGUUGUGCAGUGGUGUAAAGUACUUAAGUAAAAAUACUUUAAAUACUA